AUGUACCGCAGCAGGCCCUCUUUGGAAGGUCGUGCAGCUGGACCUCCACGCAAGAAGCGAGGCCUCGGUGCAACAACAAGUGAUGUUACACUUCCAUUUCAAGGGGUUAGAAACGAUACAUCCACCUAUUUGCCCCUUAAUCCAGAGGUUAACGAGAUUCGCUAUGUUGCUGUUGAUCCGGGCGAAGGCGACGCGCCCCUCUCGGGCUUUCUUGGUUAUCUCUAG